AUUACAUAAUUCACAGCUGUACCAAGCUCUUAAGACUAUUUGCUUCUCAACACAGCCUUAUAGUUGUGUCUUUAAAUACCAUUUUUCUCUCCUCUUGAACCUCCAGAAGGCACGAAUAUGAAUGGGAACUCCUUCAAAGAAAACUUCUGGAGCGUAGAUAUUACCAGUACUGCUGGUUAUGACUGUCUCAUUCAACACAUGAAUAAUGGCAGAAAAAAUUGCAAAGAAUUUGAAGAUUUUUUGAAAGAAAGGGCCUCGAUAGAAGAAAAAUAUGGGAAAGACCUGGUUAAUUUAACCAAGAAAAAGCCAUGUGGACACACAGAAAUUAACACACUCAAGCGAGCCCUUGAUGUCUUCAAACAACAAAUUGAUAACGUGGGCCAGUGUCACAUUCAGCUGGCCCAGACAUUGCGUGAAGAAGCGAGAAGGAUGGAAGAAUUCAGAGAGCAGCAGAAGCUUGAAAGAAAAAAGAUUGAAGCUGCAAUGGAUGCCAUUCACAAACAAAAACAAUGGCAGUUCAAAAAAACCAUGGACUCUAAGAAAAUGUAUGAGCAGAGAUGCCGGGAAAAGGAUGAUGCAGAACAGCAAGUGAAUCGCUCUAAAAACACAGUCAGUACAAAUAAGCAACAGGAAAAGAUUUUUGCCAAGUUGGCUCAUUCGAAAGUGAGUGCAGAAGAUGCAGAUAAGACAUAUCAACAGAAUAUCAACUUACUUGACAGAGUACGGCAAGACUGGCAAAAAGAACAUAUAAAUGCCUGUGAGUACUUUCAGAAACAGGAAUGGGAGAGAAUAAAUUAUUAUAGGAAUGCCGUGUGGACUCAUGUCAACCAGUUAUCCCAGCAGUGUGUAACUAGCGAUGUGAUGCACGAAGAGGUCCGUAAAGCUUUAGAAGGUUGUUACAUUGAGAAGGACAUCGAGUAUUUUACAGAAAUAAAUAGAACAGGGGAUACACCACCAGCACCUGUUCAAUAUGAAAAUUAUUACAAUUCUCAGAAAAGUGCCCCAGCUGUCAGGAAUCAUGGGCUUCCGGGAAUAAGGCGAAAUCCUUUUCCACUCCCCUCAAACAAGCCAGUGGAUCCUGAGUAUGCUUGUGUAGAUGAUUUUCAACGAUAUCACCAUCACCAAUAA